GGCGUGGUCCGGGCCACGCCCACCUGCUGUUGGGUACUUGUUACUUCGUGAGUCUGAGGAUUGUUGCGUCUGAUAGCCAGGCUCUGGGGGGUUUCUCUGCCCCGAAGGCUCUCGGGUUUCCGCAGGAUCACCGGGAAAAUGACAGUGUCUGCCGCGCCGCCCACGGCCCCUGCCUGCCGCCGCGAGAGUCCCUUUACUUCCUGGUGCUCCUUGGGAGCGGUUUUGAUGUCUGUAGUGUUCCACCUGCUAAUUAAACACACCGAUGCCUGUGGUGCUCCAACAAGAUAUGAAACUAUGAAGCUCAGGGAUCCCCCUAAAGACCAUUAUACUCCUGGGGAGUCAGUAGUGUAUCAGUGUCGCUUAGGAUAUAGAAUAAAGCCUUCCUUUGCCAUGACUGCUGUUUGUAAUGAUAGUAACUCAUGGACACCACUCCAAGAAGCUUGUGCAAAAAAACUGUGUAGCAAUCCAGGAGAUCCUGUAAAUGGCCGUGUAAUCCAGACAAAUGGUACCUUGGAGUUUGGCUCACAGGUUGACUAUGUUUGUGACGAGGGUUAUCGCCUGAUUGGUGAGAAAACUUCAUAUUGUUACAUUUAUGAAGAUUCAGUUGCUUGGAGCAGUGAACGCCCAGAAUGUAACAGGAUUAUGUGUGCACCACCUCCGAACAUAGAAAAUGGACAAUACAGAAAUAGUGAAAAGGAAGUCUAUGAAUAUAAUGAGGUAGUACAUUAUAGUUGUAGAUCAGCUGAUUAUUCACUUAUUGGAAAUGAACGUCUCAUUUGUUCUACCAAUGGAGAGUGGAGUACUGAGCCUCCUAAGUGUAAAGUGGUCAAAUGUCCGUUUCCAAGAGUAGACAAUGCAGACCGGAUAGCUGGAUUUGGGACAAAAUUUGUCUACAAAUCAAAAGUUGUAUUUCAGUGCCAUGAGGGUUUUGUCAUGAAUGGAAGCGACACAAUUACCUGUGAAGGAGAUAGCUUGUGGGUCCCCCCAGUUCCACAAUGUGUUAAAGUGUCGACUCCUCCCAGUACAAAACCUCCAAUUUUGAGUCAUCCAGUGUCGACUGUUUCAGUGUCGACUCUUCCCAAAACAACAUCUCCAGUUUCGAGUCAUCCAGCUACGACUACGAUUUCUCCAGCUCCUCCAGCUUACGGAAGCUUUCAUAGGAAUGCUCUGCUUUUGGAUGGCUGGGGAAACAUGACAUGCUCCUUCCACUAAACAACCACCGAUUUCCAGCCUUCUAGGUUUAGUAUUAUUUUGGUUACUAAGAACUCUGCAUUAGGAAACCUUAGAGUUCACGUGGAACUACUAACAUUCUAAUCAUCUGCGGUUAAGGAAGAAACCAGGUGUCGCAAAUUACUGAUGAUAAUUGACAUUUAGGGAGUUAUUUUAAGUAGUGUAGAUUCUGUAAAAAACAGCUUGAGGGUGAUGUCUGACAUCCUCUAACUUCAUUCACAAGGGGAAAAGAGAAUCAAAAUCAACAGCUCAAGACUGAUUCCCAUGAGGCAGGGGCCAGACAAGCUUUUUCUCUCUGCCGUCUCUACUAAUUCUCAUACCAGCCUUCCCUCACACAGCACUUUGUACUUCUCUGCUGGGUUCGAUAAUUCAUUGCAGUGGCUGCACAAAACUUGAAGACCAUACUCACAAAUAUGAGGUUUAUUAUACAGGAAGUGACAGUUAUAAUUCAGGCUCAGGAACACUCAGGAUAUAGUUCUUUCAUCUGGACAGCCUCUCCCCAGCUGUACCUGCAGACACGCCUCUCCUUGGCCCUAGGUCUCUCCUGAAAGGUGCUCAGCUUUCUCUCUCUGUGGUCCAGGAAGCCUACCACGCCAUUUCCUGCUGGCAGGUCUCCUGCUGGUCUCCUUCCUUGGUGGUGGUGAUGGUGGGCUCUCCUCUUUGCUCUGGAAUUGGCUCUCUCUUAUGGCAAAACUGACCAAUCCUCUUGGUAGGCCACAAUUACCUAUCACAGUCACCUGGGUGAGAGUUACAAGACCAUGGCUAAAAAGGCCACACACAAAAGUAUUUAGUCGUACCGCAGACCACUCCUUGGUUUUCUAGCCAUGGUUCUUUAAUAUUUGGAGGAUAGCUUCCCCCUCCCAAUCAUUUUACCAGUCCAAAACAGUCAUUAACAGUCUUUCAAUAGGGAAGAGACUCCACAGGAUGAGGAUACUCAGGUACCAGCCAUUCAGAUUUGCUGCAGGUGACCAUCAGAUUUGGUCAGGCUCUCCAACAGUUCAUCUCAUCUUCACGCUUUCUGGCCUCUAAUAAAAUUUAAUUGGGAGUAUUAUUCCCUUGAUCUGAGUGUCAUGAGGGAUCGGCAUAAGCAAAACUUUUAAAGGACCUUUGGUUUGGCCACUGUAGUCCACCAGCAGCGCCUCCUCCUUAGUCCACUCUUUCACACUUAAAGUUUCUACAGUUACAGUUGUACAGUCACAGUUAACCCUGUUAACAGUCAACACUCACAGCUGAAUCAUACACUGUCUAUGCCCCAGACCCAUCAGGAAAAGAAGAAUCUCUUCAGUGGGGAUCUUCCCGUGUCCCCCUCAUUUUGUAUAAGCACACUCAUGAAAGUAUGUAAGCCAGUCACUUGAUGCCUUUAUCUCCCCCCAUUUUAGAUAGCCAGUGUUUAAAUUGCACAUCCCUGUCAAACCAGUACUCUGAGGAGACGAGCAUGUUCCUUGGUCUUAAAGAAUCUUCAGGUCCGGUUGGAACUUUGAGCAUCUGCAUUCAUAAGCAAAGCCCAGUCCAGAGCAAGCAAUCAAAUUGCAGCAAUCCAUACCAGCACAUGGUGUCAAACAUCUUUCUCUUCAUCCAGUUGGGUUCAGUUCAGCUCAUCCUAUCUGUAACUGAACGCUGCUCAGGUUCUUUUUUUUAUUGGUGCAUUUAGCUCAUUUACACUCAGCGUAAUUAUUGAUAGUUAUGAGUUCAGUGCUGUCAUUUUGAUGUCUUUUUUUUUGUGUAUUGAUGACAGUUUCUUUUUUCCACUUAAUUUUCUGUGCUGAGUAGUUUUCCUUUAUAUAUUGUCUUUUCUGUUUUUUUAUUGUUGCUGCUUUUGUAUUGGCUGAGUCUUUGUUUUUCUCGUUUUUUAUUUUGAUGAUUGUUUGUUUCCUUUGUGGUUACCUUAAUAUUUACCCCUAUUUUUCUAAGUUUAAACCAACCUUUUAUCUCUUUAUAUCACCUUGACUUCCUCUCCGUAUGAAAGAUCUGUGACUACAUUUUUUAGUCCCUCUUGUUUGAUUUAAUGUUAUCUUUACAUAAUGAUGUCUCUGUUUCCCUGUAUUGAGCAUCUUAGGUUUGAUUUAUUUUUGUUAUUUCCCCAUCUGGGUUGAUAUCUGGUUGUUCUGUCCUCUGUUCUAGUCUUGGGUUGUUAUCUGAUGUUACUGAUUUUCUAACUAGAGAACUCCAUUUAGUAUUUCUUGUAAUUUUGGUUUGGUUUUUGCAAAUUCCUUAAACUUCUGUUUAUCUGGAAAUGUCCUAAUUUUGCCCUCAUAUUUGAGAGAUAGCUUUUCUGGAUAUAUAAUUCUUGGCUGGCAAUUUUUUUUCCCUUCAAGGCUUUAUAUAUGUCCUCCCAUUGCCUUCUUGCCUGCAUGGUUUCUGCUGAGUAGUCCAAUCCUAGUAUUAUUGACUCUCCUUUGUAGGUGACUUUUCAUUUAUCGCUAGCCACUCUUAAAAUUCUCUCUUUAUCUUUGGUUUUGGCAAGUUUGAUUAUUUAAUAUGUCUUGGUGACUUUCUUUUGCGAUCUAUGUUAUGUGGGGUUCUAUGAGCAUCUUGGAUAGAUAUCUUCUCAUCUUUCCCAAUAGCAGAGAAGUUUUCUGCCGACAAAUCUUCAACAAUUCUCUCUGUAUUUUCCGUUUUCCCCCCAUGUUCUGGUACUCCAGUCACUCAUAGGUUAUUCCUCUUGAUGGAGUCCCACAUAAUUCUUAGGGUUUCUUCUUUUUUUUUUUUUUCCCCUCUUAUCUGAUUUUUCCUCAAAUAUAUUGGUGCCAAGUGCUUUAUCUUCAGUCUCACUAAUUCUGACUUCCAUUGCAUCAGAUCUACUCUGAGGACUUUCUAUUGAGCUGUCUAAUUCUGAAAUUUUAUUGGUAAUCUUCUGAAUUUCUGUUUGUUCUAUCUCUAUGGAUUCCUGUUCUUUUAUGGAUUCCUGUAGCCUAUUUAAUUUGCCAUUAUGCUCUUCUCUAAUCUUCUUAAGUUCCUCCACUGCCAUGUCUGUGCAUUCCUUGGCUUGUUCUGCAUUUUGCCUGAUCUCCUUCCUGAUCUCUUGAAGAGUUCUGUAUGUUAAUCUUUUGUAUUCUACUAUUCAGCUACCUCUGGUAGUUCCAGGAAGUUAUCUUCAUCCAGAAGAUUACUUGAUUCUUUGUUUUGGGAGCUUGCUGAAGCCAUCAUGGUCUGCCUCUUUAUGUAAUUUGAUAUUGAAUGUUGUCUCCGAGCCAUCAAUAAGUUAUUGUAUUUAUUUAUUUUAUGUUUGCUUAUUGUGUCCUAGCUUCUUGUUUUGUUUUGAUAUGCCCAAAUAGACUGCUUGAAUGAGCUAGUUUGAUUAUUGGCACCUUUGAAACUCUAACAUCCUAUCACCAGGUAGUUAGAGCUGUUACUAGGUAUAUGAGCCUAGGAGUCCAUUUACUUUUCUUCUAUGGAUUCCGCUUAGGUGUCCAGGUAGUCGGUCACCAAGUGUGUGGUACAGACUCUCACUUACAGUCUUAGAUGAGCAGGGUUGAUUCAUGUAGGCACAGGUAUAUGGGUGCAAUAGGGGUCAUACGCUGAGCCAGGCAGGGAACUGACAGCCGUCCCUGAGUGUUUGUGAGGAAAGUGUGUCCCAGUUCCCUAGAGUGCCUAGGUGGGUGGGUUUUGCAGCCAGACUAUGGGCAACCAGUGCUGUUGAAUGUAAGGACUGGGAGGUACCGCUUACCCCUGGACGCCUGUCAAGGGUGACUAGGUGGCGUGGGUGAAGCCACCAGUCCUCAGGCCCCUGAUGUGGGUAGGUGAGGACUCUGCUUAAUAGGCAGAGCAGUGUCAAACAUCACGAACCUGCCUGUCCACCAUAUAGCUGAAACAGUUGAAGUUAGACUUCAAGUAUAUACCCUGUUGUACUACUGUGCUAAUGAGGGCCUACAUUGUUGAAAUGGACCCACACAAGUCUAUGCAGGGGUGAAAGGCAUUCAGAGUCUGUGGACUGCUUUUGCCUAUGCCUAGGCAAAAGCCACUUGGGUUCUUGUCCUGUCCUAUUAGAAAUAAGACAGACUGUAAUUGCAAGGGAAACGGAGUGAGUGUCCAUAUAAAGGGAUCACUAUCUGCUGCCUUUGUGGCCUCAUAUACAGGCUUUGUGAUGAGCCCAAAGUUAAAAAUCCAAAUUCGACAGAACCCUGCCAUCCCCAAAAACCCUCAUAGUUGCCAUUUUGUUGAGAGGACCUGAGUCUGGCAAAUGACUUCUUUACAGGCUUGGAGGAGAGUUCUUUGUCCCUCUGCAAGAGAAAAGUCAGCAUAUGAUCUGGACGUUUUCUUUUGAGACUUUAUACCCCAAGGCCGCCAGUUGAUUCAGGGUUUUAAUUGUAUUUUUGUCUGAGGCCUCUUUACUGGUGCUGGCAAUUAGCAGGUCAUCAACAUAUUGGAGCAGGACCCCCCUAAUUGUAACUGUUGGAGGUCCCUCCCUAGGAUUUCCCCCAAAAUAGUGGGGCUGUUCUUGGGGCAGUACUGUCCAGCAAUACUGGGAUCUUUGCCCACUUUUGUUCUCCCACUGAAAGCAAAGAUUUCUUGAGAACGUCUUUCAAGGGGGAUGCUGUAGAAAGGCAUCUUUUAAGUCUAAAACAGUGAACCAUUUGCUGUCUCCUGGGAGUGCAGAUAAUAGGGUGUAUGAGUAGGGGACCACAGGGUGUAUAUCACUUAUGGUUGAUGGCUCUCAGGUCUUACACAAACCAAUGUUCUCCAGUAGGUUUCUUCACCAGGAGGUUCGAGGUGCUGUAGAAAGAUUGGCAUGGCCUGAUCAUGCUUCAGGAACUUGCCUACCACCACCUCUUAGACCCCGUCUUUUGCUUCUUGCCUGAUGGGAUACUGCUGCAGGCAGGGGAUAGGAGCGCCUUAUUUGAGCCGGAUUCUAACAGGUUGGGCAGAGACUGCCUGUCCUGGGAAUCUGUCAGCCCAUGCAUAGUGGUCCACCAACACUUCCUGGUCUUUUUCUAGGGAGCGGUUCUCCCUCUGGGGCCUUCGGGUAUCAGUGAGCAAUGCCUGUAAGGCCUAUGGUUGUUCUGGAGGUAUGCGUACUUCAGCUGUUGGUGAGACGAACGUGACCUGGGCCUGUAAUUUGGUUAGGAUAUCUUGCCUGAGCAGGGAGUUAGGGCAUUCCGGGAUAUAGAGGAAACUGUGCAUCAUUGGUGGGCCUCUGCUUUGCAGGUGAGGUGCUUCAAGAAGUUCUGUUUUUCUGGUCGCCCUGUGACUCCUACAACUUGAGUUGUUUUUUUAGCUAGAGGGGCAGGGGCUUGGUUCAAGACCGAGUGGGUAGCACUGGUGUCUAGUAAGAACUCAACUUUUUCUCCCCCCACUUGCAGGAUUACUUAGGUUUCUUCAGGGGAGAUUUUGACUGACCCUUUAAGGGGUCAGUUGUAUUCCCUGGGCCACAUCACUAUGAACUUGAGUCUUGACUCACCAUCUGGUGUUCCUCCUUCACAUUCCCAUCAUUCCUUCUUCUCCUGGGGAAUUCUCAUUGCCAGUGGCCCUCCUGCUUGCAAUAUGUGCACUGGUUUGGGCCCAAAGGGGGGCGGCCUCUUGGUGCUCUGGGCUUCUCUGGCUCAGCUCUCGUCUCUCUCUCCUAGCAUCGGGAAACUUUGGUCUGGCCUGUAGGUGCCAGUUGGGUCAGGGCUGCCACAAGGAGGGUGGCCUGUUGUCUCAUCUUCCAAUCCUCUCUUUGUUCAGUGUCCUGGUCCCUGUU